GAGCAGGUGAGGGCUGCGCGCCCUAGGGCCUCUCUCACUGGGUGGCGGGCCCUCCCCAGGCCGCGGCGACCAUGGCGCGCCUCUUCAGCCCCCGGCCACCGCCCAGCGAAGACCUCUUCUAUGAGACCUACUACAGCCUGAGCCAACAGUACCCGCUACUGCUCCUGCUGCUGAUGAUCGUGCUGUGCGCGCUCGGAGCGCUGCUCGCCGUUGCCUGGGCCAGUGGCAGGGCGCUGGUCUCAGAGCCGAGCUUCCUAACCACCGUGCUGUGCGCGCUGGGCGGCUUCGCGCUGUUGCUGGGCCUGGCUUCCCGCGAGCAGCGACUGCAGCGCUGGACGUGGGCCCUGUCCGGUCUCGUGUGGGCCGCCCUGCUAGCGCUGGGCCACGGCUUCCUGUUCACAGGGGGUGUGGUGAGCGCCUGGGACCAGGUGUCCUUUUUCCUCUUCGUCAUCUUCACGGCGUACACCAUGCUGCCCUUGGGCAUGCGGGUCGCCAUCGCGGCCGGCCUGGCCUCUUCCCUCUCGCACCUGCUGGUCCUGGGGCUGUACCUUGGGCCGCAGCCCGACUCACGGCCCGCGCUCCUGCCGCAGCUGGCAGCCAACGCGGUGCUGUUCUUGUGCGGGAACGCGGUGGGAGCGUACCACAAGGCGCUGAUGGAGCGCGCGCUGCGCGCCACCUUCCGCGAGGCACUCAGUUCCUUGCAGUCGCGCCGGCGGCUGGACACGGAGAAGAAGCACCAGGAGCACUUGUUGUUAUCCAUCCUUCCUGCAUACCUGGCCCGCGAGAUGAAGGCUGAGAUCAUGGCUCGGCUACAGGCCGGCCAGGGGUCACGGCCAGAGAGCACCAACAACUUCCACAGCCUCUAUGUCAAGAGGCACCAGGGAGUCAGCGUGCUCUAUGCCGACAUUGUGGGCUUCACCAGGCUGGCCAGUGAGUGUUCCCCCAAGGAGCUGGUGCUGAUGCUCAAUGAGCUCUUUGGCAAGUUCGACCAGAUAGCCAAGGAGCACGAAUGCAUGCGGAUCAAGAUCCUAGGCGACUGUUACUACUGUGUCUCUGGGCUGCCCCUCUCGCUGCCAGACCACGCUAUCAACUGCGUGCGCAUGGGGCUGGACAUGUGCCGGGCCAUCAGGAAGCUGCGGGCAGCCACUGGGGUGGACAUCAACAUGCGUGUGGGCGUGCACUCAGGCAGCGUGCUCUGCGGAGUCAUUGGGCUGCAGAAGUGGCAGUACGACGUCUGGUCCCAUGACGUCACGCUGGCCAAUCACAUGGAGGCAGGCGGUGUGCCAGGACGGGUACACAUCACGCGGGCCACCCUGGCCCUGCUGGCGGGGGCUUACGCAGUAGAGGAUGCAGCCAUGGAACACCGGGACCCAUACCUUCGAGAACUAGGGGAGCCUACCUACCUGGUCAUCGAUCCCCGGGCUGAGGAGGAGGAGGAUGAGCAGGGCACUGCGGGGGGGCUCCUGUCCUCUCUGGAAGGCCAUGAGAUGCGCCCGUCGCUGCUGAUGACCCGCUACCUGGAGUCGUGGGGCGCAGCCAAACCUUUUGCCCACCUGAGCCACGUGGACAGCCCCGUGUCUACCUCCACACUGCUCCCGGAGAAGGCCUUGGCUUCCUUCAGCCCCCAGUGGAGUCUGGAUCGGAGCCGUACCCCACGCGGACUAGAUGAAGAACUGGACACUGGGGAUGCCAAGUUCUUUCAGGUCAUUGAACAGCUCAACUCUCAGAAACAAUGGAGGCAGUCAAAGGACUUCAAUGCCCUGACGCUGUACUUCCGGGAAAAAGAGAUGGAGAAAGAGUACCGACUCUCAGCACUCCCUGCCUUCAAAUACUACACAGCCUGCACCUUCCUGGUUUUCUUCUCCAAUUUCAUCAUCCAGAUGCUCGUGACAGACAGGCCCCCAGCUCUGGCCAUCACCUACAGCAUCACCUUUCUACUCUUCCUUCUCCUCCUCUUUGUCUGCUUCUCAGAGUACCUGACGAAGUGUGUCCUGAAGGGCCCCAAGAUGCUGCAUUGGAUGCCUGCACUAUCCAGCCUGGUAGCAACACGCCCUGGCCUUCGAGUGGCCCUGGGCACUGCUACUAUUCUCCUUGUCUUCAUCAUGGCCAUUACCAGCCUGUUCUUCUUACCAGUGUCGCUGGAUUACCUUGCCUGGGCUCCCAAUGUAUCCUCCAUGACUUUCAACCUCUCCUGGGACUGCCCUGGUGCCCUACCUCUUGUCAGUGUCCCGGUAAGUGUUCUUUACUCCAUGCACUGCUGCGUGCUGGGCUUCCUGGCCUGCUCCCUCUUUCUGCACAUGAGCUUCGAGCUGAAGCUGCUGCUGCUCGUGCUAUGGCUAGUGGCCUGCUGCUCCGUCUUCCUGCACUCCCACGCCUGGCUAUCCGACUGUCUUACUGCACGCCUCUACGUGGGAUCCUUGGGGCCCAGGCCGGGAGUGCUGAAGGAGCCCAAGCUGAUGGGAGCCAUCUCCUUCUUCAUCUUCUUCUUCACUAUUCUUGUCCUGGCCCGGCAGAAUGAGUACUACUGCCGCCUGGACUUCUUGUGGAAGAAGAAGUUGAGGCAAGAGCGGGAAGAGACAGAGAUGAUGGAGAACCUGACGCGGCUGCUCUUGGAGAAUGUGCUGCCAGCACAUGUGGCCCCCGAGUUCAUCGGCCAGAAACGGCGCAAUGAGGACCUCUACCACCAGUCCUACGAGUGUGUGUGUGUCCUCUUCGCCUCCAUCCCAGACUUCAAGGAGUUCUACUCAGAAUCCAAUAUCAACCAUGAGGGGCUCGAGUGCUUGCGGCUUCUCAACGAGAUCAUUGCAGAUUUUGAUGAGCUGCUUUCCAAGCCCAAGUUCAGUGGGGUGGAGAAGAUCAAAACCAUUGGCAGCACCUACAUGGCAGCCACGGGCUUGAAUGCCACCUCUGGGCAGGAUGCACCACAGGGACAGCAGCCGGAAGCCGAGCGCAGCUGCAGCCACUUGGGCACCAUGGUGGAAUUUGCAGUGGCCCUGGGGUCUAAGCUGGAUGUCAUCAACAAGCACUCGUUCAACAACUUCCGCCUGCGCGUAGGGUUGAACCACGGACCAGUAGUGGCUGGAGUGAUCGGGGCCCAGAAGCCACAGUACGACAUCUGGGGCAACACGGUGAAUGUGGCCAGUCGCAUGGAGAGCACAGGCAUCCUGGGCAAAAUCCAAGUGACCGAGGAGACAGCCCAGGCCCUGCAGUCACUGGGCUACACCUGCUACAUUCGGGGCAUCAUCAAGGUCAAAGGCAAAGGGCAGCUAUGCACCUACUUCCUGAACACAGACUUGGCACGAACUGGACCUCCCUCGGCCACCCUAGGCUGAGGCACCGCCUCCUAGAUCCUCAAUAAAAGGACACUGAGAGGUGUGAAGCCAGUUGGUGUCAGAAGCUGCUGAUCCAGCUGGAAAGCACCUUCCCUGAGCCAGUCAGCAGGGCGGCUUUUUCCCCCCAGGCCCAAUGAGUGUGUUGGAAGAGAGCAGUCUUUUCACAGGCUCCAGGGAGGGCCUUAGCCUUCCUGCCAAGCCA